GAGACUGUACAGCUCUAUACUUUCCAGUGCACUGCUCAGUGAUGGCUCGUGGAGUUGCGAUCCUCUUGUGUGGCUGGGUCCUGGCUUCCUGUGAUGGGUCUAACCUGGAUGUGGAGCAGCCCAUCGUUUUCAGAGAGGACGCAGCCGGCUUUGGGCAGACUGUGGUACAGUUCGGUGGAUCUCGCCUUGUGGUGGGAGCGCCCCUGGAGGUGUUGGCAGCCAACCAAACAGGACGCUUGUAUGACUGUGUACCUGCCACUGGCGUGUGCCAACCCAUCUUACUGCGCGUUCCCCUCAAGGUAGUCAACAUGUCCCUGGGCCUGUCUCUGGUGGCUGCCAGCAGUCACUCCCAGUUGCUGGCCUGUGGUCCGACUGCACAGAGGGCUUGCGGGGAGAACGUGUAUGCAAAAGGCUCCUGCCUCCUCCUAGGCUCCAGCCUGCAGUUCAUCCAGGCUGUCCCUGCUACCCUGCCAGAGUGUCCAGGACAAGAGAUGGACAUUGCUUUCCUGAUUGAUGGCUCUGGCAGCAUUGACCAAAGAGACUUCAACCAGAUGAAGAACUUUGUCAAAGCUUUGAUGGGCCAGUUUGCGAGCACCAGCACGUCGUUCUCCCUGAUGCAGUACUCAAACAUCCUAAAGACCCACUUUACCUUUACUGAAUUCCGGAGGAGCUUGAACCCUCAGAGCCUGGUGGAUUCCAUUGUCCAGCUGCAAGGCCUGACGUUCACAGCCACUGGCAUCCAGAGAGUGGUGAGAGAACUAUUUCAUAGCAAGAAUGGGGCCCGUAAAAGCGUCAAGAAGAUCCUAAUUGUCAUCACAGAUGGGCAGAAAUACAGAGACCCCCUGGAGUACAGUGAUGUCAUCCCCCAAGCAGAGAAAGCUGGCAUCAUUCGCUAUGCUAUUGGGGUGGGAGACGCCUUCCAGGAACGCACUGCCCUGCAGGAGCUGAAUACCAUUGGCUCAGCUCCCCCACGGGACCACGUGUUCAAGGUGGGCAACUUUGUAGCACUUGGCAGCAUCCAGAAGCAGCUUCAGGAGAAGAUCUUUGCCAUCGAGGGAACCCAGUCAAGUCUGAGUAGUUCCUUUCAGCACGAGAUGUCACAGGAAGGUUUCAGUUCGGCUCUCACGAAGGAUGGACCAGUUCUAGGGGCUGUUGGAAGCUUCAGCUGGUCUGGAGGCGCCUUCUUACACUCCCCAAAUACAAAGCCCACCUUCAUCAACAUGUCUCAGGACAAUGUGGACAUGAGGGACUCUUACCUGGGUUACUCCAUCGCAUUGGCCUUUUGGAAGGGGGUCCACAGCCUGGUCCUGGGGGCCCCUCGCUACCAGCACACGGGGAAGGUUGUCAUCUUUACCCAGGAAUCCGGACAGUGGAGGCCCAGGACUGAAGUCAGAGGGACACAGAUUGGCUCCUACUUUGGGGCGUCCCUCUGUUCAGUGGACAUGGAUGGAGAUGGCAGCACUGACCUGGUCCUGAUCGGUGCCCCCCAUUACUACGGGCAGACCCGAGGGGGGCAGGUGUCCGUGUGCCCCAUGCCCACUGGGAGGGGCAGGUGGCAGUGUGAGGCCACUCUCCACGGGGAGCAGGGCCAUCCCUGGGGCCGCUUUGGGGCAGCCCUGACAGUGCUAGGGGACGUGAAUGGGGACAGUCUGGCGGAUGUGGCCGUCGGUGCCCCUGGAGAGGAGGAGAACAGAGGUGCUGUCUACACAUUUCAUGGAGCCUCAAAACUGGACAUCACUCCCUCGCCCAGCCAGCGGGUCACUGGUUCCCAGCUCUCCCUGAGGCUCCAAUAUUUGGGUCAGUCAUUAAGUGGGGGUCAGGACCUUACACAGGAUGGCCUGGUGGACCUGGCUGUGGGAGCCCAGGGGCACGUGCUGCUGCUCAGGAGUUUGCCUUUGCUCAGGGUGGAGAUCUCCAUAAGAUUUGCCCCCGUGGAGGUGGCAAAGGCUGUGUAUCAGUGUUGGAAAAGGACUCCCACUGCCCUCGAGGCUGGAGAGGCCACUGUCUGCCUCAGUAUCCACAAAGGCUCACCUGACCACUUAGGUAAUAUCCAAAGCUCUGUCAGGUAUGACCUGGCAUUGGAUCCAGGCCGUCUGAUUUCGCGUGCCAUUUUUGAUGAAACUAAGAACUCAACUUUGACCCGAAGAAAGACUCUGGGGCUUGGGGAUCACUGUGAAACAAUGAAGCUGCUUUUGCCAGACUGUGUGGAGGACAUGGUGAACCCUAUCAUCCUGCGCCUCAACUUUUCUCUGGUAGGAGACUCUGCUUCAUCCAGGAAUCUUCGACCAGUACUGGCUGUGGGCUCCCAAGACCAUGUAACUGCUUCUCUCCCGUUUGAGAAGAACUGUAAGCAAGAACUCCAGUGUGAAGGGGACCUGGGCAUCAGCUUUAACUUCUCAGGCCUGCAGAUGUUGGUGGUGGGGAGAUCCCUCGAGCUCACAGUGACAGCAACUGUGUGGAAUGAUGGUGAGGACAGCUAUGAAGCUUUCGUCAAGUUCUACUACCCGGCGGGGCUAUCUUACCGACGCGCAACAGGGACACAGCAACCUCAUCAGCACCCACUUCGCUUGGCGUGUGAGGCUGAGCUCACUGACAAGGAGAACCUGAGGAGCAGCAGCUGUAGCAUCAACCAUCCCAUCUUCCGGGAAGGUGCAAAGAGCACCUUCAUGAUCACAUUUGACGUCUCCUACAAGGCCUUCCUGGGAGACAGGCUGCUUCUGCAGGCCAGUGUGAGCAGUGAGAAUAAUAAGCCCCAAACCAAUAAGACGGCCUUCCAGCUGGAGCUCCCGGUGAAGUACUCAGUGUACACAGUGAUCAGCAGGCAGGACGAUUACACCAAGCACAUCAACUUUUCAUCCUCCGACGGGGGACGAAGGAGAGAGGCCAAGCACCGAUAUCGUGUGACUAACCUCAGUCAGUGGAAGCUGGCCGUGAGCGUUCACUUCAGGGUCCCCAGACUCCUGAACGGCGAAGCUGUGUGGGAUGCGGCUGUUCGGAGCACAGCAGAGGGUGUCUCCUGUGUGUCACAGAAGGAACCUCCUCAGAAUCCAGACUUUCUGACCCAGAUUCAAAGGCGUUCUGUGCUGGACUGCUCCAUUGCCGACUGCCUGCACUUCCGCUGUGACAUCCCCUCCUUGGGUGUUCAGGACCAGCUGGACUUCACUCUGAAGGGCAACCUCAGCUUCGGCUGGGUCACUCAGACAUUGCAGAAAAAAGUGCUGCUCAUGAGUGUGGCUGAAAUCACAUUCAACACAGCCGUGUAUUCCCAGCUGCCAGGACAGGAGGCAUUUCUGAGAGCCCAGGCGGAGACAGUGCUGGAAGAACUGGAGGUCUAUGAGCCCCUCUUGCUCGUGGUAGGCAGCUCAGUGGGAGGCCUGCUGCUGCUGGCCCUCAUCACAGCAGCGCUGUACAAGCUUGGCUUUUUCAAGCGUCACUACAAAGAAAUGCUGGAUGGCAAGCCUGCGGAUCCUGCCCCAGCCGGAGAGGGGGAUUUCAGCUCUGAGACUCCUCCACAUCUGCUCGCGUCCUAGGAACCUACUUCCGCAUGUAUCUCUACCACGGAGAGUUGGGCUUGCUUUUGCCUCUGAAUCAACUGACAUGGGAAUUAGUUCUCUACAGCUCUGGACUAGCCUGGGCAACUUCCCAGGUGUGAUGUCAUAUUUCCUGAGCUGGGAGAUUGUCAUGUUUCUGCCCAUGUAUCAGACUUCAGUGUUGAUCCACCUUCUUUUGGCUGGAGCAAGCACGGGGUCAGCAUACAUUUAUGUAGGGAUAAGAAUUACUAAAUGAUACAGCAUGAGAAUAGGCUCAAUACACAAUGUAUUGCUUGUAUGAAAUGGGUUUUUUUUUAAUAAAAUGAAAAUGCAGGGGGAAACAUCA